AACCAAAUUCGAGUUAGGGAUAUUUGUUUACCAAAAUAAAUCAACAGUUGAUGGAUGUGCAUAGAGUAAUGUUUUCUGUGAAACGAAAACAAUCACGCAUUUAUCACCGUCUAAUCUGCGUCGAAUUGCAUUUUUCAAAAAAUCACGUCCUUUUUGACGUAGAAAGUUAGGUUAGAAUUCUAGUCAGAUGGUCAAAAUUUCUAAACCAACACUCUUUGACGAUCAUCUCUGGAGAUUUAGACAAGCAAAAUGUCAACUUUGGAAUAUACUGAAUCAGUUCGAGAAUGGGGAAGAUCUUCAUGGAAAAACGUCCACAACUGUAAAUUGUGUCCCUAUUUUACAACAUCAGUUUUCUUUAUGGUGAACCACGUGCGACGGCACCGUUCAUCUCUGGAAAAAUAUACGUGCGAAAACGCCAAAAUUGAAGAGUACCAUUGUAAAGACUGCGAUUUUAAAACGGAACUAACCAUUCUAUUCAAACAACACAUUAGUAAAAAUCACAGUGUUAAAAGCGAAUUUAGGGACAAUUUAUCACUGCUGGACUUCAGUGUGCAGAAGUACGUUUGCGAAAAGUGCGGUUUUGAAACAAAUCUGUCGUUGAAGUGGGGUCAACAUACUUCAGAAUGCAUGGAGAAAAAAGAAAAUACUACAUGGAGAUUCAGUUCCAAGCAAAUUGACGGAAUACGUUGGUAUUACUGUCCACUAUGUUCCUACAAAGCUAAAUAUAAAUUUAUUUUAAGAUAUCAUAUGCCAAAGCAUGAUUUAAACAAAAAAUAUGAGUGUGAUAAGUGUCCAUUUAAAACCAAAUGGAAAGGAAAUCUAAGCAAUCACAUAAAACGAAACCACUUAGACAAACGAGAUGUUAAAUGGCACAAAUGUGAAAAAUGCCCAUUCAAAACCAUGUUAAAAACCUAUUUAACUAGGCACAUAAAUCACUUACACUUUAAAGAAGAAGAAGGUGAAUGGUUUCAAUGCAGUGAGUGUUAUUUCAAAACAAGGAAUAAAUAUCGUUUAAAGUCUCACGAAAUUGUAAAACAUGUUACAUGCUACCAAUGCGACCAGUGCCAAUUUAAAACAAGGGACAAAAGAUCUUUAAGAGACCACGUGAAUGUGAUCCAUUUAAAGAAACAAAACACCGAAUGGUGGAAGUGUAAAAAGUGUUCAAUUAAAACCGUAAAUUCGUUUAAAAAAGACGUUAAAUCGAAAGAAUGCAGUCGGUGUUUGCUCAACAAAAAUAAAGGGUACGGAUGUAAAUAUUGCCCAUACAAAACUCGAUGGGAGUCGCAUUUAGAAAAACAUGUAUCGUCUCUACAUUUAGAUGACAAGGACAUCAAAUGGUAUCAAUGCAGUGAGUGUUCAUUUAAGGCUAAACAUUCGUAUCAAUUAAAAUAUCAUACAAUUUUAAAACAUGUGAGUGAUGAAAAAAUCAAAUGGUACGAGUGCGAAUAUUGUCCGCAUAAGGCGAAACUCAAGAACUAUUUAACGAAACAUAUAAAGAAAUGCCAUUUUGAUAAAACGGACGCUAAUAAAUGGCACAAAUGCCAUCAGUGUGCUUACAAAACCAAAACUGUAUCAUUGCUUUAUAAACACCAAGAAAAACGACAUAAAUAGGACUUAAUUUACUUUAAGUUUUAUUUAGUUUAGAAUUAAGAAAGAAACUAAAUGUUUUCCACUUUAA